GCUGCGCGCGGCGCGGCGGCGCGGCGGCGUGUCCUCAAUGGGGCCGCGCGCGCGGCGCCAGGUUUAGCGAGGAGGGGGCGCGGCGGAGAGGACAGAAACUGGAUGGCUUCUACGGUGAGCCUGGGCAAGGAAACGUUGUUGGAAGAUGGAAUGCCACCUGCGAAGAAGCCCAGGAAGCUGUUGCCAAGCCUCAAAACCAAGAAGCCUCGGGAACUCGUUCUGGUGAUUGGGACAGGAAUUAGUGCUGCAGUUGCUCCCCAGGUCCCAGCACUGAAGUCUUGGAAGGGGCUGAUCCAGGCCCUCCUGGAUGCUGCUAUUGACUUUGACCUCCUGGAAGAUGAAGAAAGCAAACGGUUCCAGAAGUGUCUCCAUGAAGACAAGAACUUGGUUCAUGUUGCCCAUGACCUUAUCCAGAAGCUGUCUCCGCGCACAAGCAACGUUCGCUCAACCUUUUUCAAGGACUGUUUAUACGAGGUGUUUGAUGACCUGGAAUCUAAAAUGGAAGAUUCUGGGAAGCAGCUGCUUCAGUCUGUGCUUCACUUGAUGGAAAAUGGGGCCCUUGUGUUAACCACAAACUUCGAUAACCUGCUGGAGCUGUACGCAGCACACCAGGGGAAGCACCUCGAGUCUCUCGACCUGACUGAUGAAAAGAAGGUGCUGGAGUGGGCUCAGGAGAAGAGGAAGCUCAGUGUCCUGCACAUCCACGGCGUCUACACCAACCCCAGCGGCAUCGUCCUGCACCCGGCCGGGUACCAGAAUGUGCUGCGCAACACCGAGGUCAUGCGAGAGAUUCAGAAGCUCUAUGAAAAUAAGUCCUUCCUCUUCUUGGGCUGUGGUUGGACUGUUGAUGACACCACGUUUCAGGCCCUGUUUUUAGAGGCUGUCAAGCACAAGUCAGACCUGGAGCACUUCAUGCUGGUGCGGAGGGGGGAUGUGGAUGAGUUCAAGAAGCUCCGUGAGAACAUGCUGGACAAGGGGAUCAAGGUGAUUUCCUACGGGGACGAAUACGCCGACCUGCCCGAGUACUUCGAGCGGCUGACGAGCGAGAUCGCCAUGCGGGGCCGCACAGGUGUGCCCAAGGAGGGGCAGCAGCUGAACGGUUCCACGGCUGCCCAUGCUGAGAGAAAAGGAUGCAGCACCUGAGCCUCAGCCCUGCCCUGAGCCGUGGGGAGCUCCCAGGAUGGGCCCAAGCACGGCCAGCAGCCCCAAGGGGGCCAGAGCCCAUGGAGCCAGGACCCUUCCAGCAGGGAGCAGGCUGGGCAGAGCCUCCUUGGACACCUGGUUUAACGUAGCUCAUCGUGGUUCUGGGGGGGCUGCGAGUGCCUGCGGAGCGCGGUGCCCCCGAGGGAGCUGCAGCCUCCUCUGAUUUCAUACCUAGUGCUUUUAUAUUCUGUAUUCCAAUUUUCAAAAAAAUGAAACUUGAGCUUUUUUUUUUUUUUUUUUUAACUGGAAGCUCUAGUUUUCUAGUCCUGUCUUUAUACUGUACAGUAUUUUGUAUGUUGAAGUUGUAUUAAAGGCCUGCUCACUGAA